CUUCACAGUUAGUAGCACAUUUAACCUAUACCUAAACCAUAAAAAAAAACUUUUUAAAUUUUCGCAACUAACAUAAUGAAGAAAACUAUCGAUGUAAGUAAAACGUCUAAAUCGAUACGAAACCAAUUUGAAAGGCUUCGAGGAAUUUGUUAUUUGGACCACGCGGGCUCAGCUUUGUACGCAGAUAGUCAGAUAGAUGCCGUCAUGUUUGAUUUAAAAACUAAUUUAUAUGGAAACCCACAUUCAUCUGGCCAACCAUCAACCGCUUGUGAAGAAAUAAUUGACAGAGUCCGAUUCAAAAUCCUUAAGCACUUUAAUACUAAUACCGAAAAAUACAGUGUAAUAUUCACUUCAGGAGCCACUGGGGCUUUGAAAACUGUAGCUGAGUGUUUUGCGUGGCACGACAAAUGCCACCAAUCAAACGAACACGCCUCCGACUGUCAAUGGCAAGGAAGUGCGUUUGCCUACACCCAAGACAAUCACACGUCGGUAUUAGGCAUGAGAGAGUUGGCUGAAAACGUCCAAGAUGUAUGUCUGACUAGAAUACAAAUUUCUGACGCUCCAAACACUGAUCUGUCGGUUUGUCCGAAAUCUGGUAACUCGCUGUUCGUUUAUCCAGCGCAAUCCAAUUUCUCUGGUUACAAAUACCCGUUGAGCUGGAUCAGAAAAUGUCAAAACGGCGCUUUAGACCGGUACACCGAAAAUUCCGGUUCAAAAUGGUACGUGCUGUUAGACGCUGCUUCGCACGUGUCUACCGACUACUUGGACUUAAGCGAGUACUCGCCCGACUUUGUGGCUGUGUCGUUUUACAAAAUGUUCGGAUAUCCCACAGGCAUUGGAGCUCUCCUGGUGCACAACCGUACGGGCGCAAACGCACUAAACCGUAAGAGAUACUACGGCGGUGGCACCGUAGAAAUAACUCUGGCCCGGAAUCGUCAUCACGUACCCAAGACGACGACUCUACACGAAUGGUUCGAAGACGGCACCGUAGACUUUUUGUCCAUUAUAGCAAUCGAUCACGGACUAAACACCCUCAGAGAAUUGGCCGGUCCAAUGCAGAGCGUUAGCCAAAGAGUGUUCGAGCUAGCUGCCUAUCUGUAUGCGAAAAUGUGCACGGCGAGACAUGGCAACCAAAAACCUUUGUUUCGGAUUUACACCGACUCGGAUUACACUUGUCGAGAAUUCCAAGGCGGUGUCGUCAACUUCAACGUGCUUAGAGCUAACGGCGAACAUGUCGGAUACAACGAAGUCAGAAAUGUUGCUGACAACAAUGGCAUCGUACUGCGCGUGGGUUGUUUCUGUAAUCCGGGCGCCUGUCAAACACACUUGAAUCUUUCCGACCAACAAAUACAAAACAAUCAUCAGAAAACUGGUCACGUUUGCGGAGACGACAUCGACCUGAUCGAUGGAACGCCGACUGGAUCUGUUCGGGUUUCAUUUGGAUACCAAUCGUGUGUAUCGGACGCUGAUACCAUGUACAAUAUUAUGGUCAAAUACUUUUGGCAGAGCGACGUAGUCCGACCAGUCGAUUUCAGAAUGUUAACAACUUUAAACGACAAUUCAAAUAAUUUACGUGUGUCGAGGAUCUUCGUCUAUCCAAUAAAAUCCUGCGGCAGUGUCGAGGUGAACCAAUGGCCGUUGGAAUCCUAUGGAUUGCUGUACGACCGGGUAUGGACAGUGCUUAGCGAAGACGGUGUUUGUAUGACUCAACUAAAAGAACCCAAAUUAUGCCUGAUACAGCCAGAAAUCGAUUUGUUCAAAGGCAUAAUGACGCUUACGUAUGCCGGGAAUUCGGACAGAUCUCCAAUGAAAAUAUAUUUAGAAAGCCAACAGUUGGACAUAAAGAGAGCAGGCAAAACUUGCACGGGAGAUUUAGUGGAUGGACUCGACUGCGGUGACGAAGUGGCCUCGUGGCUAAGCUUCAAUCUCGAUAUGCCCGGACUAAGGCUAAUCAGAUGCACAAACCGUAGUCCGUCAAAGUCCAACAAAUUUGUUUUGAAUUCGAAAGUCUUGGCCGCCAACCAAUGUCAGUACUUGAUGACGACCGAGUCGACCGUCAACUGGCUCAGGCGAGAGCUAAAAGAUGACAACACAGAUUUGGACUUGGAUAGCGUACUGUUUCGGUUUCGAAGUAAUAUAUUGGUCGCAGGCGAUUCGCCGGUCAACUCCGAAGUUAACUGGACCGAAGUGACUAUGGGCGGGAUAAAAUUUCAAGUACAUUCCGUGUGCGUUCGCUGUAAAAUGAUUUGUAUUGACCAAUCAAAUUCACUGAAAAAUCACAAACCUUUGAGCAUACUAGAUCAGCACAAGUGGAACGGCAAAAGUGUUUUUGGCAUUUACCUCAACCGCGUUGAAGAAACGUUAGCUGGUUACAUACGUGUAGGACAACCUGUCAGUUUUGUAUGAAACGUUUUACGAAGUUAUGUGUAUUACUGUAAAACUAAGAAUAAUAUA